AACUUGUCAAUCCUAAAGAAUCUGUCACAAUCUAUUUGCGUUAAUUCUCGUAGAGAGUGUCUUAGUGUUUCGACUGAACUUUUCACAUUGCCUCAAGGCGAUCGUGAUAUUCUUGCGCCGCUGAGAGCCAUUCGAGUGGCUCAGGCGGGUUGUCUUGGCGGGAAAUCCACCGCCAAGCCUCCCACAUUUGCUGCGAGCGCAUUUCAUCAGGCCCGACCUCGACUCUUCUACCAUCUCAUCAAUCCUUCAAGACAAUCAUCGCAAAAAUGGCGCCCGCAGCAACCUCCGGCGGCAAGAAGCAAAAGAAGAAGUGGUCAAAGGGAAAGGUCAAGGAUAAGGCCCAACAUGCCGUUGUCCUCGACAAGGCCACCUCCGACAAACUCAACAAGGAUGUCCAAUCGUACCGUCUCGUCACCGUCGCCGUCCUCGUCGACAGACUGAAGAUCAAUGGUUCGCUAGCACGACGGGCGCUCGCCGAUCUCGAGGACCGAGGAGUUAUUCGCAAGGUUGUGCAACAUUCAUCGGGCAGCAUCUACACGAGAGCCGCCGCUGGUGGAGAUUAGAUGACGAGAACA